AACGUUCUUGGCUCCUUUGAUGUAGGGCCCAUUUCUUUGAAAUCUUCCUGUCCUUACCUUAGGUGCGUAGUACUAGUCCGAGCUUUCUCGGUUCAAGGUCAGCUUGGUGAAGCUCCAUUCCACAUAUGCGAUACCUGUCCUUUUGACCCUUCCGACAAACAACAUCGUUCAUUCUCCCACAGCAAAUAUUUUGAAGCCGCGGUGGCCUUCCCUGUUCCUUCCACACUCAUUGAACCAUAAUAUCUGUUUUACGGCUGGACUGACCACUGGCGACAGCUCUUAAUUUAUUUCCCUUCUUUAUUUCUUUUUUUUCCCCUUAUUGUCACGCCUUAUAGCUGGCAUAUUGUCGCCCGCCAUGGCGUCUACUGCCGUCCCUCAAGGCAGCUUGCGUCAGCGCAACACGGGCUCCAAGAAGUCGCCCGCGGCUGCGCCUUUGGAGCAAGAGGUCUCCAAGGUCAAGUCCGUACAGCAGAAGACGAAGACCUCGGAAACAGAAUACCGCAUUGGUCUCGUUUUGAUUACUUUGUUCGGGUUUCUCACCCGAUUUUGGGGCAUCAGCCACCCCAAUGAGGUCGUCUUCGACGAGGUACAUUUCGGCAAAUUUGCCUCUUACUACCUCGAGCGAACCUACUUCUUCGACGUCCAUCCUCCCUUUGGAAAACUUCUCUUUGCUUUCAUGGGAUGGCUGGUGGGCUACGACGGUCAUUUCCACUUCGAGAACAUUGGCGAUUCGUACAUUGUCAACAAGGUCCCUUAUGUGGCUUUCCGGGCCCUGCCUGCUAUCCUCGGCGCCCUGACCGUGUCGGUGGUGUACCUCAUCAUGUGGGAGUCGGGCUACACCCUUCCUGCCUGCAUCAUCGCCGCCGGCCUAGUGCUUCUGGACAACGCCCAUAUCGGCCAGACUCGCCUGAUUCUGCUCGAUGCCACCCUCGUCUUCUGCAUGGCCUGCAGCCUGCUCUUCUAUAUCAAGUUCUAUAAGCUGCGCCAUGAGCCCUUCUCGCGCAAGUGGUGGAAAUGGCUUAUCCUCACCGGCUUUGCCUUGUCUGCAGAUAUCUCGGUCAAGUACGUCGGCACCUUUGCCUUCAUCACCAUCGGCUCUGCAGUUAUUAUCGACCUUUGGGAACUCCUGGACGUGAAGCGUCCCGGCGGCGCCCUGAGCCUGUCCCAAUUCAGCAAGCAUUUUGGCGCUCGUGCCUUCGGCCUCAUCAUUAUGCCGUUCCUCUUCUACCUCUUCUGGUUCCAAGUUCACUUCGCCGUCCUGACCCGCUCUGGCCCCGGCGACGACUUCAUGACACCCGAGUUCCAGGAGACCCUGAGCGAUAACGUCAUGCUGGCCAACUCGCUUGAUAUUCAGUACUACGAUACUCUCACGAUCCGGCACAAGGAGACCAAGGCAUAUCUCCACAGCCAUCCCGACCGAUACCCUCUCCGGUACGACGACGGCCGCGUAUCCAGCCAAGGCCAGCAGGUCACCGGGUACCCGUAUAACGACACCAAUAACUACUGGCAGAUUCUGCCCAUGGACGGCGACGAGGCGCUGGGCCGCGUGGUCAAGAAUCACGACCUCGUCCGCCUGCGCCACGUGGUGACCGAUACGGUCCUGCUUUCCCACGACGUCGCUUCGCCGUCCUAUCCGACCAACCAAGAGUUCACCACGGUUGCCGUGGCAGACGCAAUUGGUAAACGAGCGCAGGACACGCUUUUCGAGGUCCGGAUUGAGCAUGGCAAGAAGAGCCAGGCGUUCAAGAGCAUCGCGAGCCACUUCAAGCUGAUCCACAACCCCAGCAAGGUGGCCAUGUGGACUCACACCAAGCCGCUGCCAGAGUGGGCCUUCAAGCAGCAAGAGAUCAAUGGAAACAAGCAGAUCGCGCCCAGCUCCAACGUGUGGCUCGUGGAGGACAUCCCGUCGGUCCCGCAGAGCGACCCGCGGCGGCAAAAGCCGGAGAGACAGGUCAAGACGCUGCCUUUCCUGCGCAAGUGGUUCGAGCUGCAGCGGGCCAUGUUUUACCACAAUAGCAAGCUCACGAGCAGCCACCCGUACGCGAGCCAUCCGUACCAGUGGCCGUUCCUGCUGCGGGGCGUGAGCUUCUGGACCAAGAACGACACGCGGCAGCAGAUCUACUUCUUGGGCAACCCCGUGGGGUGGUGGCUAGCGAGCAGUCUGCUGGCCGUGUUCGUCGGAAUCAUCGGUGCCGAUCAGAUCUCUCUCAGACGGGGUAUCGAUGCCCUGGAUCGCCGUACUCGAUCGCGACUAUACAACUCGACAGGGUUCUUCUUCCUGGCGUGGGCGACACAUUAUUUCCCGUUCUAUCUCAUGGGACGGCAGCUGUUCCUGCACCAUUACCUGCCUGCCCAUUUGGCGUCGUGUCUGGUGGCAGGCUCGCUGAUCGAAUUUGUGUUCACAGCUGAGCCGGCGGAAGAGGGUCCAAGUGGUGGCAAGACGCAGAGCGCCGGGCCGAAGCGAUACCUGUCGGCACGGGAGCGGUUGGCGGGGCAGAGCACGAUGGGGGUUUGGGUCGCAUGCGGAGUGGUGCUGGCCGUGGCCGUGGCCGGGUGGUACUUCUUCCUGCCCCUCACAUACGGUUACCCCGGUCUUUCGGUGGAGCAGGUGCUGAGGCGAAAAUGGCUCGGCUAUGAUCUGCACUUUGCUAAAUAAGCAACUCGACCCGCCGACAGCAGGUCGGUUGUUCUAUUCGGGGUGGAACACCUGAAGGUGUCAAACCUAGCGUUGAUGUCCAGCGUUAUGGAGCACGGAAUUCCUCCGUUGGCUGUUACCUCCUUGGCUUUCUUCUCCUCAUAGAGGAGGUGAGGCACAGGAGUGAUGGAUGGUAAAGGGAACGACGUGGUCGGCACGGUAUUGGGGAUACAGCGAGGAUUGUAAAACGAAAAGUAACUAAGGGUACUGAGUUAAUGAGUGUAAUUCCGUCUGUGAGCUGACAAGGGAGAUCCAACUUCCGGUGGUUAACAUUAAAACGAGUAUGAUAGCAGACAAAUACACAGACAGAGCGCGCUGGAUGUGAUG